AUGAUGAGUGAUAGUUAUGAAGAAUUAAGCGAAAAAAAAAAAAAAGUGAUGGGCAAGGGUAAGGAAUAUUCAUGUUUUGAAAAAAAGGAGAAAUAUGAAAAGGAAGAAAAUUAUGUUUUUAUUGAUGAAAAGUAUAAAGAAUAUUUUGAUAAUAUAAGUGAUCUAUUUGAAGAGAAAAUUGAUUAUAUAUUGAAAAAACAUUUUAAAAAAAACGAUCCAACAAAUAAAAAUAAAUUAUUAUGUUUAAAUAUGUGUAUAUUAUGGCAAAAAAAAUUCUUGUACCUUUUAAGUAAGAGUUUGAAUGAAUAUGAAGAAUAUAAAAAAUUGCAUGAUUUAAAAAAUGAUCAGGAUAUGAAAAAAAUAGAUGACAAGAAAAAAGAAAAAGAUGAUGAAAAGGAAAAACAUAUAAUAAAUAAUAAUAAUGAUAAUAAUAGUACAUCAACAACUACAAUCAUAAGUACAAACAAUAAUAACAUGAACAGUAAUAAUAUCAACAAUAAUAUCAACAAUAAUAAUGUUGAUGAUAAUAAUAUUAAUGUUGAUGAUAAUAAUAUUAAUGGUGAUGGUAAUAAUAUUAAUAUCAAAGAAAAUAUUCAUGAAGGCACAAAUAUAUCUAAAGAAGAUUUAGAAAAAGAUCUUAAAAGCUAUAUUAAAAAUGUGAAGGUUGUAGACAAUAAAAAUAUCGAAGUUAUUUAUAAUAAAAAUUAUGUCAAAGAUGAUAAUAGACCAUCAGCCAAAUUAUCAACUGAUGAAAUUUAUUAUUUAUUAGUAGAAUCCAAAAAAAGCGAAAAUGAAUAUAAAAAGAAAAUUUUCACAUUCUUAAAAUAUUUGCCAUUAUUUAUUCAAUCUAUUGAAUCUAAAAGUUUAAGGGAAAAAAAUAUAUUAGAACAAAAGUUGUUGUUAAAUGGGGAUGACAAUAUUGAUGAUAUGAAUAAUGUAAAUGAUGUUAAUAAUGUGAAUGAUAUUAAUAAUGUGAAUAAUAUGAAUAGCAUCAAUAAUAUGAAUAAUAUGAAUAACAUCAAUAAUGUGAAUGAUAUGAAUAACAUCAAUAAUGUGAACCAUUUUAAUGUGAAUAAUAUGGAGAACCCAUGCGAGACAAAUAAUUUUAAUCAAAAUAUUUCUGCCGUAGACAUUAAAAACAAACUAGAUUCUAUAGUCAAUUUCAAUUGUAAUUUAUCAGAAAAUUUAGAACAUGUUUUUAAAAAUAAAAUGGGAAAUCUACAAUUUAAAAAUAAAAAUAAUUUUUUUAAUAAUUUUCAAACCAAUUCUAUGGAUAACGAAAUAAAUAAUAUGAAUGAAAAACAAAAUGAUGAUCUUACUAAUCAAACAUACAUAAAUAAUAUUAAUAAUUUAGAUGAUGUUUCGAAACUUUUUGAAAAUAAAAAAAAUAACAAAUCAUUAAUUUUACCAUUAUCAAAAGUUAAUGAUUUAUCUCUAAUAAAUAAUAUAAGUAGAAAGUCAAAUAAUGGUGUCAAAGAAGAUACAUAUGAAAAUGAAAAUUCUUUUUAUAUAUAUAAAAAUAAUAUGGAGAAAAUGAAUUUAUAUGGAUUAGAUUUAUUAAUUAAUUUAAAUAAUAAUCUAAUAUAUAAAAUUAAUCAUGUAUAUAGUCUAAUACAAUUCUAUACAAUGUUGGCAAAAGAUGUAUUUAACGAAACAUAA